UCCUUAAUUCGCUAUCCACACUUGGUUUGAGCGGAUAUCCAUGAUGGUGAUCAUCCUGAACUGUAUCACGUUGGGUAUGUACCGUCCUUGCAGCGACAUCGAGUGCGACUCCCAGCGAUGCCUGAUCCUCCAGGGGUUCGAUCACUUCAUCUUCGCUUUCUUCGCUGCGGAGAUGGUCGUCAAGGUCAUGGCCAUGGGCUUCAUCGGGAAGCAGGGCUACCUGGGGGAGACGUGGAACAGGCUGGACUUCUUCAUAGUGGUAGCAGGGAUUGCUGAAUACAUCAUGGAAGUACUGGAGUAUAGUCUGAAUCUAGAGAAUGUUAGCUUAUCAGCAAUCAGGACGAUACGAGUGCUUCGGCCUCUAAGGGCUAUAAAUAGGAUACCAAGUCUGCGUAUUUUAGUCAUGUUACUUCUAGAUACACUGCCCAUGCUGGGCAACGUUCUUAUGCUCUGUUUCUUCGUCUUCUUCAUAUUUGGCAUCAUCGGGGUACAACUCUGGAAGGGUCUUCUGAGAAACAGAUGCUUCCUAGAUCUCAAUGCCACCGUAGGAGAUGGGUACCCCAAUCUUACUGAUUUUUACGUUGAAGACGAGCCUUGGACGGACUAUGUAUGCAGUCUGCCCUCGGACAAGGGUAUGAGACAUUGCACAGAAAUCAAACCUCUGUAUAGUUUUGAUGGAUUGAUAUGUAACGGGAGUGCUUUACCGGAUGCAGACAACAGUUAUAUAGUGAAUUCAUCAGAAUGCGUCAAUUGGAAUCAGUACUAUACUAAGUGUGCCAUUAGUGAUGAAAACCCAUUUUUGAAUUCAAUAUCGUUCGACAAUAUACUCUACGCAUGGAUUGCUAUAUUCCAGGUCAUCACUCUCGAAGGAUGGACCGAUAUCAUGUACCAAAUACAAGAUGUCCAUAGUUUUUGGAAUUGGGCCUAUUUUGUGAUUCUUAUUGUUAUUGGUGCCUUCUUCUUGAUAAACUUGUGCUUAGUUGUCAUAGCAACUCAGUUUUCUGAAACCAAGCAGAGAGAAAGUAAGCUCAUGGAAGAGCAACGUAAAAGAUUUCGAUCUAGCAGCACGCUUGCAAGCAAUGGCGAGGUUGGGAGCUGCUACGACGAAAUCCUCAAGUACAUUGGACAUUUAUUCCGUCACGUGAGCCGGCGGUUUCGACGAUGGCGAAAACGAAUGCAUAGUAAGCGAAAGAGCAAAGUCAUGCCAGCAAUAUCGUUACGACGCAAAAAGAAAAGGACUAGAAGCGUUCAUCUUCACCAUCAUCUCCACCACCACCACCAUUACCACUUCGGGAACGUCAAUUCUCAAGCGCCCAGAGCGAGUCCGGAGGACAGCGACGUCAGCUCGUCGCCGUCGCGGAAACAUAAACUGGCAAUACCGUCCAGCAAUGGCAGUGCUGCGUCACUGCAGUCAAUGAACUACUGUACAGAAAAGAUCUCUAAACUGGAACCAUCACCGCUGUGUCAAGCUCCAUUGUCUUCCCCUUAUCACAUGACCACCACAUUGUCCAUUCACAGAGCUUCGUCCAUCAAUUACCCGACCACAAACUCCAAAGAUUUAAACCAAGCAGUAGCUUUUGCCAAGAUGGCCUCUGACAAGGAAGGGAGUACACCUACCACACCCAGUAAUGUGUCACCAGGCAGACUCCAGGAGAAGUGGACAGAACUCUGUGGAGGCAACCACAUGAGCAGAUACAGCAAACUGCCACCCAUUAAAACUGAUACUGGAAAAGAUUCCUUGGCGCCGUCCCACCCACCUCUAGCCCAGCGCCUCUCAGCCCCGCCCCUCACCCAGCCCGGCAGUCCAAACUCCCACCUGACACCACCUUCACCGUGCCUAGCGAUGCAUUCCUCUUGCCCGGUCCAUUCCCCGUGCCCCGUCCACACCCCCUGCCCGACCCACUCCCCCUGCUUCUCCUCCAAGAACCCUCAUUCCAACUCGCAUUCCUGCUCCCACGUCUGCACCUCCGAGCACCGCUCCGAAGAGUACGCGUGGAGCGACUCCUCCACCUCCUCCACGACCGACGACUCCGAUUCCGACUCGGACACGGAGAGCAAGGCCGAGAUGCAGAGGUACAAGGUCCAGAGGCGGCGCUACAGGUACGGCUACCUGAGCGUCCUCACCGAGAAGGUGCAGGAGAUCGUCGAGAGCAAGUACUUCAUGAGGGGUAUCCUAGUCUGUAUCCUCAUCAACACCCUGAGUAUGGGCAUUGAAUUCCACGGACAGCCUUAUGAGCUUACAGAGGCCAUUGAGAUCAGUAACCUGAUAUUUACCAGUCUCUUUGCCUUGGAGAUGAUCCUUAAGAUAAUUGCCUAUGGUCCAGUGGGGUAUGUUAGCAACGGAUUUAACGUCUUUGAUGGUCUUAUUGUAAUUGUCAGUGUGGUAGAGGUCCUACAAGACGGCAGCGGAGGCCUUUCUGUAUUGAGGACUUUUCGUUUGCUUCGGAUCCUCAAAUUGGUCCGUUUCAUGCCGGCCCUCCGGAGGCAGCUUUUGGUCAUGCUGCGUACUAUGGAUAAUGUUGCAACCUUCUUCUCUCUCCUAGCUCUAUUCAUCUUUAUCUUCAGCAUUCUGGGAAUGCACAUAUUUGGCUGUAAAUUCUGUGACUAUAUUGACGGUGAACAGAUCUGUGAUAGAAAGAAUUUUGAUUCCCUUCUCUGGGCCAUUGUUACAGUAUUCCAGAUAUUGACCCAAGAAGACUGGAAUGUUGUUCUCUACAACGGCAUGUCCCGUACUUCACCCUGGGCUGCCCUCUAUUUCAUCGCUCUCAUGACGUUCGGCAACUACGUCCUCUUCAAUCUUCUCGUUGCCAUCCUCGUCGAGGGAUUCUCCGCAGAGCCUGAGCAGAAAGAAGCAAACUUGGGUGAUAAACCGGGUAGCGAGGACGAGGAAGAAGAGAAUGAAGAGAACGAGAAGGAGGAGAAGAACUUGGAUGAGAUCAAGGAUGAUGUCUUGUCAGUAGCAUCAGAUAAAGAUAACAGUGGAAAACUAGCAAUAACCGGGCCCCCUCCUGAAGGGGGUAGCCACCCCCUGAGUCCCCCUAUCAUUACCCAUACCGCAGCCACGCCCCAAGGCUCACCCAACGUUGAUAUGCAGAGGGCUUUUAGAGGAAGCUUCAUUGAUCACGACACAAGGUCAUGGGACUCGGACUCUCAGUCUUUGUCAUCGUUAAACAUCAGGGGGUCGCCCCGACUCCCACGUAGUCCCAGCGCCAACAGUGUGAACAGUCAUAAAGGGGGCAGCUUGAGGAGCAAUUCACCCCAGGACCAGAAACCAGGGGGCAACUUUCUCACCCCCUACCAACUGGGCGAUGAGCUCGGGCAGGAUAAUGAUAGCCAUUCUUCAGUCAGUAUAAGCAGAAGCUCCCUACAUGAUGGUUCUCACAACGGCUACCUACCCGACAGCGACAACAACGACAGCCGACGGACGUCCUACAUCUCCUGCAAUGGCGGAUCAGUAACGGCCAUCCCCCAAGCCGACACCCAGGUACCGGUUGAUGGGCUGGAGGACAACAAGGAUCUACAGACGGAAGGGACGCAACCAACAACCUAUAGCAAUAUUGAAGAUCCUGAUGCCAUAGAUGAGGCAAAAAAGAGGAAAAAUUCAUCCAAGAGUAAUAACAGAAAUGCAACAGGUGAAGAAAAGGAUGACGGGGAUGUAGAUUAUGAUGACGAUGGGGAUGACGAUUUCACACGAGAUUGCUGUUGCAUCCGGUGUUGUCCAGAGCCUAAGGGAUGUUUCAAAACGAGAGAAGAAUACUCACUGUAUCUCCUAUCACCAAGAAACAAGACAAGGAGGAAACUACAGCAUCUGAUAGCUCAGAAGUGGUUCGAUUACGCUAUUCUCCUCAUCAUCUUCUUGAACUGCAUCACAUUAGCUAUGGAGAGACCGGCAAUAGAACCAGACAGUGUGGAGAGGAAGUUUCUGACCAUCUCAAACUACAUCUUCAUGGCCAUCUUCUCCCUGGAGAUGCUCGUCAAGGUCUUGGCAAAGGGGUUCCUCUUUGGCACCCAUGCCUACCUCCACAGUGGCUGGAACGUGAUGGACGGCAGCCUGGUCAUCGUGUCGUGGAUCGACCUCCUCAUCACGGUGGUGUCGUCCAGCAGUCCGGAGAUCUUCUCCAUCCUGCGUGUCUUCAGGUUGCUGAGGACGUUGCGACCUCUCAGGGUUAUCAGUCGUGCCCCGGGCUUGAAGCUGGUGGUACAGACGCUCCUCUCCUCUCUCAGGCCCAUCGGUAAUAUUGUCAUCAUCUGCUGCACCUUCUUCAUCAUCUUUGGAAUCCUGGGUAUUCAGUUGUUCAAAGGCCAGUUCUACUACUGUUCUGGUCCUAACGUCCGUAACAUCAAGAACAGGACGCAGUGUGAGGCCAACAGUGAGAAUGAAUGGAUCAAUCAACAGUACAACUUUGACAACUUAGCCCAGGCUUUGGUUGCUCUGUUCGUCUUGGCUUCUAAAGACGGCUGGGUAGAUAUCAUGUAUAAUGGUAUUGAUGCUGUAGGCGUGGACCAGCAGCCCCAGAGGGAUCACAACGAAUGGCUGAUUCUCUACUUCAUCUCCUUCCUGCUCAUCGUCGGUUUCUUCGUCCUCAACAUGUUUGUGGGCGUGGUCGUCGAGAACUUCCACAAGUGUCGGGAGGAGCAGGCGGCGGAGGAGCUGAACCAGCGGAUCGAGAAGCGGCAGCUGAAGCUUCAGAAGGCCAGGCAAAGUAAGGCCGCCGCUGCUGCUGGCGUUACUAUAUACGUGGACCCCAGUGAGCUUGCGAAUAUGACCCCCGAAGAGAGGGCUAAUUGUCAGAUUGGGUCACUGGAACAGCCAUACUACAUCAACUACUCCAAGACAAGGAUGUCGGUUCAUAAUAUUGUGAUGAGCAAGUACUUCGAUUUGGUGGUAGCCGCUAUUAUAUUUCUCAACGUCAUCACCAUGGCGCUUGAGUUCUACAUGAUGCCUCAGGUAAUGAUUGACGUUAUGACGUACUUAAACUAUAUAUUCACCGCCGUAUUCAUCUUGGAGGCCUUAUUAAAGAUUUUUGCUCUUGGAAUUAAAAGAUACUUCAAGGACGGAUGGAACCAGCUUGAUAUUACGAUAGUGUUGCUGUCAAUUGCUGGUAUAGUGUUAGAGGAAUUAGAAUCUAACAUCAUACCUAUCAAUCCAACCAUUAUCAGGAUUAUGAGGGUGCUCCGUAUUGCUAGAGUGCUUAAACUGUUGAAAAUGGCUCAAGGUAUCCGAGCCCUGCUGGACACUGUCUUCCAGGCAUUGCCGCAGGUUGGCAAUUUGGGCCUGCUCUUCUUUUUAUUGUUUUUCAUCUUUGCCGCACUUGGGGUUGAGCUGUUUGGUCGGUUAGCCUGUACUGAUCAGAAUCCAUGUGAAGGCUUGGGACGCCACGCCUCCUUCAAACAUUUCUUCAUUGCCUUCCUGACCUUGUUUCGUAUUGCCACAGGAGACAAUUGGAAUGGGAUUAUGAAGGACACGCUAAGGAAAGAAGGAUGCGAUGACAGGUCGGGGUGCGAGUUUAACUGCUGCGCCAACCGCUACUUUGCUCCCAUGUACUUCUUCUCCUUCGUGCUCAUCGCCCAGUUUGUCCUGGUUAAUGUGGUGGUGGCCGUUCUGAUGAAACACCUGGAAGAGAGCCACAAGCUGGAGCAGGAUGACGAAGAGGACGCGCAGAUCAUCGCCGAUCAACUCAAACAGGAUGCCAUCGACGCGGCGGCGUUGUCGGAGCGGGAGGAUGCGGCUAACAACUCGGAUGAAGGGUCCAUUUUUCACAUUUCCUCCUCACCACACCUGACACAGAGCGUCCUCUUGGCGCAGCCAUCAUGGCCCAAUCAGGAACAGGGCAAUGUUUUUACUCCUCUUUUAAAGGUUACCUCCUCCAACCCUGAAAUGUCUUUAUCUCGAGGAGAUAAAAAGUCAGAAAAGGAUCUGUCUCCUGCUGAUGUGAUAUUGGCAUUGAGUCCACAUCGACAUAAAUUAACGAGCGACAAUCCCAGCACGCACCUGGUGGUCAAGCAGCCAGUCAGCAGGGUCAAAUCGCUACCAGAUAACUUCCAGUUUGCUCCCGAUAAACAAAAUCAGACAUUGCCAAAUGAUGCAAAUGAUGAGGAUGAGGAGAAGACUGAUGGAGACCAAAUCCUGCCCGUUCCCCAGCUAUACCUGAAGCCCAAAGAGCAGAGGAUUGCUGGUCAACAAUCCUCAUCAGCUGAUAGCAUCUCGGCACCGGAGGCCCCUAAGGAUACCUCCAGUCUAGGCCUCAGCAAGUCAUCGCUUAGCGCCAGUGGUGGUGGUGGACUCGGUUGUGGACUGAUGGUGCCUGGUCGGGACAAUGAGAGAGAAGGAAGCCCAAACCCCCAGAGGAAGUUUGCGGCGCGUCAGCUGAACCCUGUGGACAAUACCCUUGGAGGUGACCUGGGUGCCAGUGGUUAUGAUGCUGUACCGGCAGGAGGUGUAGGGAGUGGGGAGGAGGUACCCUUGCAGGAAUGGAGGGUACCGCCUGUAGUGAUAUCGUCGACAUCCAGUGAAGAUGACUCUCAGAGAAAAGGUGCCAAAGCCUUACCGGAAAGUCCUGCCAAAAAGGGAGUCAGGAACAGGACAUCGCCCGGGCGUAAGAACUCUGCAAAGAAACCUAAUCAUACCGGAUCAAAGGGUAAUAACGGCAACGAGAACAAGAAUCGAUCGGACUCCUUGCUGAGUGUAGAGUCUGGCUGUUCAAGUGACAAUGAUUCGUUGCUCAGCUCACCUCAAAUUAGACAACGUAAGUCUCGGCGAAAGAACACUCCCGCUUCAAACUCGUCAUCAUGCUCGAACAGUCCCAAAUCUGGGCGGAGUCUUGGUGCAAGCAACGAAGAGAGCGGGCUAAGGACUCCAUCCCCAUUGAUUGGAAAGGGUCACAGUAACCCGUUACUAUGGGAACCAAAUGGACAAACAAAUAACAGUCCGAGACUGGGAAACGGAACACAGAAUGGUAGAUCCACUCCGCCCGCUAUUCAUGUAGAUUCAACGCAAGACAAAUCUAAGAGUAAUCACGAUCACCGAGUAUGAUGAAUGGUUUGCGUUAGCUAUGUACAUGUCCUUCUUAUUCAUUUUCAAUAAGUUGAGAAAAUUCAAUAGAUUUAUCACUUGUGCUCUUCAGUUCAGCAUGUUUUUAAUAUGUAACAUGUGCUAUAAGUGUGUGACUUUGUUAGAAAAAAAAGAAUGAAAAAAUGACUAGUUUACGUCUUCAAUAUUGUUAAUGUGAGGCCUAAUUUUUAUCAUGAGUUCCAUUAUUUUUUGAUAUAUUUCACUUAAUAAUUUGUUUUAUAUGUUUGCAGGUGUAUAGGAAGACAAGGCAAAUGAUACAAUAUUUUGCAAUGUUAAUUAUUCUAGAGGUAUUCACCAAGCAAUGGAUUUCACCAAAGUAUUUUACACUUCUGUUAUUAUUGUAAGGUUGUGUUAAGUUAAGUGCUUCAAAUGUAUCGAAAGUAAGGUAAAACGUUUCCAUUUAGAUGGAAAAGAUGAUUAUGUACAUUCUACUUGUGAUACACCUGAAGUAAUAUUAUGUCUUGUACAGAUUUGAUAAUACUGUUUUUUAGGAAGAAGAAGAAGUUUUAGUCAGUUUGAUCAAAUGUACAUCGCCCAUCAUUAUGAAGAGUUAAUUUUUGUCAAUGUCAGCUAUGGAAUGCCAAUGAUGUCAUAAUUUGUCAGCUGCAAAUAUUUUUUACUGGGGAAACACUGAUGAGAAAUACAUGUACAGUUAGUAUUUAAAUCAGUGGCACAUAUCAAGUGCUUGUCAUCUUUUAAGAACACAGUAUUCUCAGAUGUGGGCAUCGUACUUGAUGAAUUGUGACAUUGUUGUUUUAAAAUACAGUAGUUGAAUGGUUUGAAUUAUUGCUCUCAUAAGAAAUGGCCUCUUGAAAUUUUGAUUGCUGAAUGAUAUAGCAUUGGCACAAUAGAUUUCAUUCUUGAUAUCAUUUUUCUCUUCACUUUCAUUUUUUUUAAAUGAAUAUAUCUGCACAACAGACUUGAUGUUUUGAUGAUUUUCAUUGGAAAUCCACUAUCAAGGGUUUCAUUACUUUAAUUGAACAAUGUAUAAUUCAUCUGAGAAAAAUCUACAUUGACUUUACUUUUGCUGAAGUCUUUUCAUCAUGAAGUAGUGAGUUUGACUUGCUUUGCAUUUUCAAAGUGUAGGAAACUACUAAUUUCAAUGUGUUACAACUCGGCACUUACAUACAACUCAAUGCAGACAACUCUACGUAUGCCCACCUAAAGUUAAUCACAUUUUUCAUGAUUUUUUUGUCAUUUUUUAUAUGCAAAGAAGCAAAGCUAGUUGGAUGAUAUGAAGCAAUAAAGUCUUGUCUAACAAGAUUUCUCAACUUUUAUAUGCGAAUGAUGCUUGUGUAUUAGUGUUAACUACUUGUGUAAUAUAUGUGACAAUCAAACUGGUUUUGGUAAAGAAAAGGCAAUGAAGAAUAAGCAUGCUGCUGACAUAUUUUGUGAGAUUGUAUUUAUAAUUUUAAAAGAUUGGAAAAUAUUAUUGUAAAUUGAUUGAAUAUUCAUGUUUGAAAUGAAUUUAAAAGAUUACGAAGUGGACUGGUGCCACCUUUCCUAUUUAUCUCGAGAAUAUUUAUUGAUGAUAUUGUUAAUAUUUUUGCUUGUUAUCAAAUCCAAAUUACUAUUAAAUGAAAAGAAAUGCAUAAUUACGAGUUUUAAAUCAUUUUAUGAUACUCCGUUUGGGAGAUAAAUAUAGAAUGAUGCUUCAACUCCUGAGAGUGCAUUGCUGUACUACUUAAAAGCGAAUGCUGCUAUUUAAUGCAACUCAUUACUGUAUUGUCCCCUUUACAGUGAACCAACUUCAUAAGAUAUCCCAAAUUAAAUCAUUUAGUGCCAUCAUUUGUUUUCAUGCAUUGGUCUGAUUUAUUAAACUAAACUUCACAUUUCUAUUCUAAUUACAGUUUUAAUCAAUAAUUUCUGUAUAGGGUUCUAAUUAUUCUUCUGAUAGCCCAUCUUAUUUUUGCAUUUGUUCCAAAAUCAGCAUACUUGCUUUCUUACUCGUUUCAAUUAGGACUUUUUAAUGAUAUCAAUUGACUCCUGGUAGUGCAAUUCAAAUGAUUGCUUUUCUUUAAUAUGGAAAAAAGAAACAAAUAUUUUUGCUAGAAAUGUCUAAAGAUUUAUGAUUUACCUUUGACUUUGAUGGGCAGAUUUAUAGAAAUUGCAUUUUCGCAAGACUUCAUUUCACAAUUCACAAUUUGUACUUAAACUUAAUGAUAAGUUUUAUUACUCUUGUAUUCUAUUUAUUUAUUCAAGCUCACACAAAGACGUUUCGAUGCAAAGACGCAUUAUUCAAAGAUGAAUAAUGAAAAGAUUAUGAUUUAAAUUCACUGUAGCAUUCGAUAAUGUUGCCUUACUAGCUAAAAGAUAUCAAUCUGAUAUUUGUUUUAGUAGAGUCAUAUAUGCUCAUGAUCAAUAAUGUUUUAAUAGAUUUGAUAGAUUAUCUAUUAAUGCAACAUUAAUUAACAAAAUAAAAACCUUAAAGCAUUCUGUUCCUUCUUUGUCUCUUAUGUUUGAAUUCCUCAUUACCAUUAAGAUUUCACAUAUGUGCUUUAAAUACAGCUUUCUAUGUACAUGUAUAUUGUGUAGGUGCUUUUCAUACUACUGAGUGUAUUUUAUAUAUAUUGUAUUGCUACAUUUGAACGUCAAAGACGUAGGAUCUAUAAAAGUAAAAUAGUAUCAAAUUUUCCAUCCAUUUUAGUAAGGAUAUUAAAUUCCCUGUAGUAAGGCCAAUAUCUUGUAGGUAAAAAUUCAUCUAAAGCUUGGCAAAAAUUUAUAAAAAUUCAGUACACCUUUUCUUGUGAUUUUACCUCUUAUCAAAUGCAUUGCUCUUCACUAGAUGAGUCUUAAAGGGCUACAACAAGCUGAAAAUAAAAUGAUCUAAACAUAUCAAGUAAAAUCAGAAUAAAAAAAUAUGUUGAAAUUUCCAUCAAAUUAGGACAAGGAACAAUUAAGUUAUGACAUUUUAUAAAGUUCCAUGUGUGCAUUUUUUGGGGAAGCAGUUCUAUAUGCAUGUAUUCAUGAACUAAAGCAAGCUGGUGAUAUCUCAACUUACCGGGUAUUCUUCUUUAUUCUGUAAUAUGAAAUUAUUUUUGGCUACUAGCUAAUUCAGUGUGUAAUAUAAUCAUUGCUGCAACUUAUUUUCUUACAAGGAAGACAUAGCACAUGCUGGGCAUGUAUAAAAACAUGAAUUAAUUACAAUUUUAUAUGAUAACAUAAGAAAAAGGAAAGUGGGAAUGUGACAACAUCAACCCGACUAUUGCAUAAUCAUGUUGACACGCAUAAAUUUCUUUUUCCGAAAUACAUGUACAUGUAUUGCUAAAUCUCAAUUCCAAAACCUUUUUUUCUUUUUAUUCAUUAUCAGAUUUUGAUGAAGUUCUUAGCAUUUAACUCAUUGAAUAUAGUCUGUUUAUUCAGAUAUAAUUUACGUUCAUCCCAGAGUACCCUUUAAGAUGAAUCAGGGAGCUAUUAUAGAUCGUAGUAUCUUUGUCAUAUCAUGGACAGAUUAAAAUAGUAGAAUAAAACGGUCUCAACGUACUUAUUAUUCAUGAAAUAGAGACCAGGGUCCCGUUAAGAUUGAUCCGAUCAAUCGCAACUAUGGAAAGCCAGCAACGGCAACAUCUAAAAUA